AUGAAGGUGUCAUAUAGUGAACCUUCGGAGAUCAAAGGCUGGUCAGACCUCAAGGAGGCCAAACAGGAGAAGGUGCACUGUGCAUGGAAAGAGGACACAAUUUCCGAUGAAAAUGAGAGCAUUAAGGAGGCAGUCGACACUAGCAAGAAGGUGCCAGCAGAGAGGAAGAACAAGAAAGACAGGAACAAUGUCAAGAAGACUGACAAGCUCAAGCAGUCACAUGCAAAGAAGGCCAAGGCUGAUAAGGAGGAUGAAGAGGAAGCCAAGGAAGAAAAGGAUGAGUGA